CUUUUGUCUACAGAAAGAGUAACCUGAGGUCGCAGAAGGAAGUCCUCGCAGUUACUGAGUCCUGCAGGCUGUGGAGCACCUGCAGCCUGACGGGAUGGGCUGAGUGUGGAACCUUUGGGCAGAGUGUGAGUCAGAAUGAGAGGGAAAUCGUUAUUCUGAUCCUUUUCUGCCAAACUGCAUGGAACAAGAAUUGCAGACAAGGAGUGAACUAAAGGACGCCUGGAACAGCAGGAUGGGAGGAGAGGAAAUGGCAGAUUCGGGCUUCUUGAUGGAGGAGGAUGGGGAGGUUGAGUUAGACUCUGGGUUUUGCAUCAUGGAGGCAGGUUCAGAGCUGGGUCUAGUCGGCCAGGUGAGAGCAGGUUCUGAUGAAUGUCCAGACACAGAGGAGUUGGACUGGUCAGUGAAUACAGGCAACAUGGACUCUCUGUCCGAGAGUAAGAAGCAAAGAGAUGGAGGCACAGGAGAAGAUGGAGGGAGUCAAACUCAAGAGGAAGAUGAGAUGGAAGCUGACACAGAGACAAAAAAAGUAAAAGAUGAAGGGUCUGGUGAUCAGAGUGACGAGGUCAAAAGGGAACAGGAAGCGUUGGAUGUGUGUUUGUGGCCGGCGGAGGAGAGUGGGGGUCAUGUACGCAUCUCUCUGGAGGAGGUGGAAAGAUACUACAGAUUUUCACGCUACUGCCACUGGCUGUGUGAUGAAAUCAUGCAGUUGGACAGCAGCCCUCUCCACGCUGCCGACAUCACCCCUGACCUCCAGAAGCAGUUUGCCUUCCUCACAGGGGGUAGAGGAGAUAAUGGCAGUCCCAUCAUUGUGUUCCCAGAAUUCCCUGCAUUUGGAGAGAUCACGGACAGAGAGUUUCACAACGUCCUGACCUACCUGACUAGUGUACCCAGUUUGUCGUCAACAGACGUGGGAUUCAUCCUGGUCAUUGAUCGCCGGCAAGACAGAUGGGCGGCUGUUAAGGGGACCCUGCUUCGUAUUGCAGGCUCUUUCCCAGGGAACCUCCAGCUGGUUCUGGUUCUGAGGCCCACCACCCUCCUGCAGCGCACACUGUCCGACAUCCUCUUCAAGUUCAACAGGGAUGAGUUCAAGAUGAAGGUCCCGGUGAUCAUGCUGAGCUCUGUAACUGAGCUGCACUCCUACAUCGACGGCUCCCAGCUGACCCUGGAACUCGGAGGCACGCAGGAGUACAAUCAUGAGAAGUGGAUCUCUCACCGCACUGCUAUCGAAGGCUUUGCGCGGAUGGUGAAGAAAACGGCACAGACCCUGCAGUCGUUUGGGACUGAGCUAGCUGAAACUGAACUGCCAAAUGAGAUUCACGCCACGAGUGUCCUGCUCAGCACGCACACCAGCAAGAAGGACAAAAUGAAGGAGGAUCUGCUGGUGGCUCUGGAUCAGGGUAGAAGACUGUUGGAGAGCAUCAACGAGCCUGUGGCGCGAGACCCUGACCACAACAUGAACCAGGAUGAACUGGAGAACCUAGCUACUGUGCAAAGACUGCUUUCUCAGCUGGAUGAGACCGAAAGGGCUUUCGAUGAGUUCUGGGUGAGGCAUCACACCAAACUGGAGCAGUGUCUCCAACUGCGCCACUUUGAGCACAACUACAGAGAGGUGAGAGCUCUGCUGGACCAGGUGUCUGAGAAACUUGCAACCUUCUCUGAGGUUGGAAUCAGCCCGGCCCAUGAUGAGCAUAUCCUCUGUGAACUCACCACCUAUGAGGAGAGAGUCUGUGAGGUGCUGGACAGAGCCUCGGCCUUGUCUCGUGAGGGUGAGCAACUCAUCCAGAACUCACACUACGCUGAAGACUCAAUCCAGCCCAAAUGCAGCGAGCUCAGAACAAUUGGUGAGAACGUGAGCAGCAGCCUGAAGGACAAGAAGGACCAUUUCCUCAAAGCCAUGGAGCUGCAUCACUGUUUGGAGAGGGCUUCUAAAUGGGUUGAUGAUGGUAUUUACCUGCUGGCGUCUCAGCCAGUCGACAAGUGUCAGUCACAUGAGGGGGCUGAGUUAGCCCUGCAGGAGCUGGAGCGUUAUCUGGAUAACCCAGGCCAGAACCAGCUGACAGACCUCAGUACCAUCUGGAAAGAAUAUGACGCAGUGCUCAACCAGCAGUUCAAGGAUCAAGUGGAGAGGAAUUUCCAGAAGCAGACAUCCAUGCAGGAGAUGUUUGACAAGAGGAGGGUGAGCCUGAAAAAGUUAGCAGCCAAACAAACCAGGCCGGUGCAGCCGGUAGCCCCCAGACCUGAGGCCUUCAUCAAAUCCCCUCACAACUCACCCGCUCACAGAGCACAGCAAGAGAAAACCUGCUCAGAGACAGACCCUGGGAACAACUGUGAGAAAGGAAAUGACCAACUGCAGAAUGGAGGCAGUAGCAGCAGACAUGCCUCUCUGUCGGAGGAGGAGGAGAACCUGGCUGUGCUCAGGAGACAUGUUAUGAAUGAGCUGCUGGAAACCGAGAGAGCCUACGUAGAGGAGCUGCUCUGCGUGUUGCAGGGAUACGCCUCCGAGAUGGAUAAUCCAGCAAUGUCUAACCUCAUCCCUGCUCCUUUGCAGAACAAAAAGGAGGUUCUGUUUGGCAACAUGCCAGAAAUUUACCACUUCCACAAGAGGACGUUUCUGCGGGAGCUGGAGCAGUACACCGACUGCCCAGAGUUGGUCGGAAGGUGUUUUCUCGAGAGGAUGACAGAUCUGCAGAUCUAUGAGAAGUACUGUCACAACAAGCCUCGCUCUGAAAGCCUCUGGAGGCAGUGCUCAGACUGCGCCUUCUUCCAGGAGUGUCAGAAAAAGCUGGAGCAUAAACUGGGUUUGGAUUCCUAUCUGCUGAAGCCUGUUCAGAGGAUUACCAAAUAUCAGCUGCUACUGAAGGAAAUGCUGAAGUACAGUAAGGGCUGUGAGGGGACAGAUGACCUGCAGGAGGCGCUCACCUCCAUCUUGGGCAUCCUGAAGGCCGUCAAUGACUCCAUGCACCUCAUCGCCAUUACAGGAUAUGAGGGGAAUCUGAGUGAGCUGGGAAAGCUGCUGAUGCAGGGGUCGUUCAGUGUGUGGAUGGAGCACAAGAAGGGUCACGCCAAGGUCAAGGAUCUGGCCCGUUUCAAACCCAUGCAGAGACACCUCUUCCUCCACGAGAAGGCCCUGCUCUUCUGCAAGAGGAGGGAGGAGAACGGCGAGGGCUAUGAGAAGGCUCCUUCGUACAGCUUCAAACAGUCUCUGAAUAUGAGUGUUGUGGGCAUCACUGAGAAUGCAAAGGGAGACAACAAGAAGUUUGAAGUCUGGUGCAACUCAAGAGAAGAGGUUUAUAUUGUUCAGGCACCAACAUCUGAAGUAAAAACCACCUGGGUGAAUGAGAUCAGGAAAGUUCUGACGACCCAGCUGGAAGCCUGCAGAGCGAGCCAGCAGAGGGCACCAGACCAGGUUUCCACUCCUGCAUCCAGUGGAGCAGUAAGUCUCAGUCCGUUUAAGACCGGUCAGAGGAGCUUUAAGAAGGGAGAGGAGAAGAAAGGCGAGGCCUGCAUCCCUGACGUCAACUCUUCUUCAUCAAAGCCCACAGGAAAAGGCGAGGCUGUGACAAGCCCGACCUCAGACAGAGCUGCUGCAGCUAAAAAGCGCUUUACCUUACAAGGUUUCAGUAACCUCAAAGCUCAGAAAGAGCCGUCACCUACCGAUGAUAAAAGUUGUACGUUACCCGUGACAAUCCUUCCGUCGACAGGAUCCCCCACGAGCCCCGACCACAAGACGAAACGCCAGAGUGACCCGACGCCCUUCGGCUUCAAAGAUGCAGGUCCUCCCCCCCUUCACCUGAGCAGGGCCAGGUGGUCCAGCACAUCCAGUCUCUUACAGACAAAGUGGAGAGGCUGGAACAAGACGUCCCUGUCGCUGGACGCCUCAGAGGAGCACGACGGUUACUCCAGCGCAGACGAUCCUCUCAACUCUGACCAAGAGGACGACAACGCCAAGAAGCUGUGUGCCGGAAAAUACACGGUGAUGGUCGACUACAAGAAGACCGGCGCUCACGAGCUGUCGUUGAAGAGCGGCGAGGUGGUGCAGCUGGUCAAAGAGGGAGAUGACGGACGGUGGUUUGUGCGUAAUCUGAGCUCCUCUAAAGAGGGCUGGAUCCCUGCUGCUAAUCUCACCACACUCAUUGAAAAGUCCAAGUCUUGCCAGUCGCUCACCAGCUCAGAAGGCAGCGGCUCUGGAAACCUCAGCUCGUCGUCCAGCUGCAGCGAGACGUACACCAGCUUCUCUGACGUCAAACCCUGAAGAGGCCUCGGCACUUCCUGAACGCUCGACCCAACAUCAGUGCUCAUUAGUAUUUUUCCAGGUCUCCACAGAAAGCUGUAUUUUUUACAUCAUUCUUAUCACCACAUAUCAAGACAACUGCACAUUGUUGAUGGAUUUGACUGCGGUGUCGUCGCACAGUGAAGAUACAGAAGAGAUGAAUAUGUAACAUAUAGUAAAUUCAAUGUGUUGUGAUCUUCCUCUAUUCACACUCUUAUUCAUUUUUUUUCACGCAGGAUCCGAGAUUAUAAUGAACUAGAUGUAUGAAUGGGUUCAGCAGGACUGAUCUCAGUUAAUGCAUCUGUUUGUGUUCUCGUGAAUGAGGAAAGAUUAGCGAUUAGACGAGAGUUUACAUUUCCACUGUUACUGUAAAUAAAGAGAAGAAGAGGUGAAGCUGAAGUUUUAGCUUGACAAUGUCUUCUGAGAAUUUAAUCACCCUAUGUCCCGCGUUUUCACCUUUUGUGUUUAUUUAUUUCUAAGAAAAACCACAUAUGUUUAGUCAAUUUUUCAUUUUGCUUCACUUCUUUUCUUUCGUCACAUCUUUCUUUUCACUCUCUUCCCGUCUGUCGUCGUCCGUCUGUAAUUGGAAAAACUGUUUCCGCCACCAGCCGCCCCAACGUUGUCUGUGCUGCCUUCAUGGUCUUGACUCUGUGGGAUUUUUCAUGUACGCUGCAGAUUGAAGAUGUUUCCCAGUGUGAAUAAUCCGAGGUCACUGUAUAGCUGCUAACUUAUUCCCUGUGCAGGGAUCAUGUUGUGAAUGUAGAUAUUGUUUAUUAAUAUGCGUCUGUCAUGAAAUGUUUAUCAAUGGAGAUGCUAUAUUGUACAUUAAGUAUGGUGAAAAUGUUUUAUAUAUAAACGCCUUGGGGUAAUUCA